AUGGAGGAUGAAAAAAAUUGUUAAUUGGAGGAAAGCAAAUUAACAAAUUUUUUAAUUGAUUUCAACAGCUUGAUUGAAGAAUAUUAGAGCUAAGAUUCAAUUAAAUCUAUAAUAUUUGAUAAAACUUGUUCUUUUAUCAUUAAAAAGAAGAUUAUUUCUUUUAUUGAUAAUUUAAAUUAAUAAUUUGAAAGUCUUUCAGAGGAUAACAUUGUUGAAGAAUUAAAUUUAACAAUUAUUAGUGGAGAUAAUAUAGAUUAGUAAUCAGUGAGCUUCCUUUGUGAUAAUUUACUGUUAGUUUCUUAUCAAAUUAAAAGAUUUGCACUUCAUAUUUAAAGUUAAGAAAAUCUGGGUUAAGAAGGAAUUUUAUAGAUAGGUUAAUCUAUAUCAAACUUUCAAAAUUUGCAAGAGCUAAAAAUUUAAUUUGACUUUAACAAUAUUAGAGAAAUUGGUAUCAGUGGUGUCUGCUAAUCCUUUUAAAAUUUAUCAUAUUUAUUGAAAUUAACUUUAAUUAUUGGAUGGAAUAAUAUGAUAGGACCUUAAGGAGCUAAAUUUAUAGGAAAUUCAUUUAUAUUUUUGAAAAAUUUAAAAGAACUUGAUUUGUAAAUAUGCCAGUUAAAUAACAUACAGAGUGAAGGUGCAAAAGGUAUCGCAAAAGGUAUUAGGAAUUUAAACUAGCUAUAAAAGCUUGAUAUAAGUUUUUUAGCAGGUAAUAGUAUUGGAUAAAAAGGGACAACUAGUAUAGGAAAAGCUCUCUAAUACCUAACUCAGCUCUAAAGCUUGAGCAUAAAUAUUGGGUUACAAAAUAAUAUCAGUUCUUUAGGAACUAAAGGGUUGUUUUAAGGAAUAAACAAGUUAUAAAAUUUAUAAAUUUUGCAUUUAUAAUUUGGAAGUUUCAACAAUAUAGGAUUAUUAGGGGUUUAAGAAAUAGCUAAUUCGUUUAAAAAUUUAUAAAAUAUUAUAGAUUUAUCAUUUAUUAUAGAUAAAUUCAAUUCUAUCGGAAAUAAGGAAGUUUAAAUAUUGGGAUAUGGCUUGAAGUAUUUGAUUAAUAUGAAAUAUUUUUCUUUUACAAUAGAUGAAGUAUAUGUCGAUUUUGAUGGGAUUCAAGGAAUAUCUGAUGGUAUGCAAAGUUUAAAAAACUUAAAAAGUGUUAUAAUAAUAAUUUAAAUAGAAAUUUUUAUGAAAAAUUAGAUAAUUUAAGCUUAUUUUGAUUCCAUUUCCAAAAACCCUUAAUUAAGUCACUUAAUUUGUGAUUUCAAAUAGCAAAAGUCUAAAAAGCAAAAAAGUAAAGUGAUAAGAAAAUGUGUUAGGCUAGUAGAGUUUAGAUGA